AUGGACCUCGAGAAUGACGGCGCCGCGGGCACAGCCGCCGUGUGGGCGACCGUCUCCCUGCCGCAAAUCCCUCUCGUCGACGGAUUCAGCUUUCACCAAGCGCCGCUUCCGUGCGAAGCGGCUGGGUCCGCGGAAAAUAACGAAUGGGGCAGCCGGUUCAUGGGAGAAUGGGCGGACGGAAAGUGCAGCGAGGAGCAGUGGAGGUUGGAGAACAAGGGUGAUAAUUGGGGCGCUAUGGGGGAGGAGGGAAUGGUCGUGGAAGGCGCUGCGGAGGCUCCGCCAACUCCGCUGAUCCAAGCCAUUGCGCGCAAGAACAUAUCCGCUUCCGCCGAAGUCUCCCCCAACAAUGGCGCCUCCGUUGCCACACGCUUAACGAACGGAUGGGAUCCGCUGCAUCUGAACCUGCAGCCUCGGGAGAAUGUUCAGGAACAUCUUCAGGAAAAAACACAGUGGCAAGUCGGCCAAGGCAACGACGGCUCCUGCCUCACUACUUCCCCCUCCGCCGCCACAUCCGCCGGCGGCGGCUGCGCUAGCCGCCGAAGUCUCGGGGGAGUAACCCCAUCCGCAGCAACCAGCGCUUACGCCGCUGGGGUAUCUUUUGGGCCCGCUAUCCCCCUUCUGACUCUUCCGCCAUCCGCUUCCUUCACGGGCCCGCCGCCUAGCGCUGCUGCCUCGCACGGCACGGGCAAUCAAACCACGGAAUAUGGCGGCCACGUGCCAGCAGCAUGGUUCACUCCCACUGCCACGUCAGCCACCAACGUGUCCCCUGCAUCGCUGAUGUCAGCUCUGGGGUCGCUCCAGGGCAAGAUCGCCGCGCUGCAGCUGCUGAUUCCGCUGGUGGCGCAGAGCAGCCCCGAACCCGCCGUGCGCGAGCAGCAGGAGGCGGCGGCGGUGGGCGUCGCGGCGGUGAUUCAGCAGGUGGCGCUCGCCGCCGUGGGGCUGCUUCCGCCGCGCUUGCAGGCGCAGCUUCUGCUGCCCGACAUCGCGGGGGUGGUGCGCGCGGAGCAGAUUCGCGCGAAGCAGGAGCAAUCGGCGCAGCAGUACGCGGAGAUGGGGAAUGCUGAUCAGUCCGCGGAGAAGCGGGACGAGGCGGAGGCGCAGGGGCAAGCGGAGGCGGAAGGGGUCCAGCAGCCGCACAUGCAAGAGGCGAUGAUGAUGGCUCUGGCGCAAGCGCUGCAGCUCCAGGAGCAGCAGCAGCAACAGCAGCAGCAAGAGCCGCAGCAGCAGCAGCACGAGCAGCAGCAACCAGCGCUGCCCACCGCUCCCUCGCCUCCGCCGCCUGCUGUCGCGAUGUCGCUCCCCCUGUUUUCACCCGUCGCCGCUCCCCCUUCAGCCGCGCCUGCGCCUGCUGACCCUCUUGCGGGGCCUACUGCGGCCCCUCUCCUUCCCCACCCUCCCCCUCCCCUCGCUUCCCCCGUUUCCGCCGCAGCAUCCGGAGCUGGCGCCAGCACGGGGGAAGACGACGCUGAGGUGGGAGAGGAGGGAGGAGAAAAGGCGGGAGAGCAGGGCAAUGCGGAAAGGAGCAAGAGGGGAAGGGAACAUGAUGGUGAAAUGGAGGCAGCAAUGGGAGAGCGACCGCUGAAGCAAGCUAAGCUGGAGGAAGGCCAAGCAGCAGCACCAGCCACAGCGAUUGAACCAGCAUCUGGCACAGCACCAGAGGCAGCGCCAGGAGCGGCAUCAGGCGGAGAGUCCAUGAAAGAUUGCUAUGAAGGCUCCAAGACAGCAGCAUCAGGCUCAGCAGAUACAGCAAUUGUCACAGCCACUGCCACUGUGAGCUACACCGCCACUGCCACAGCCAGCGACAGCGACGAGGAGGCAGCGGCAGCAAGCAGCGGCGGCGGGGCUGGGUGGGGAGCGGAAGGCGUGCGUGUGGGGGAGUGGAUGAUAGUGGAGCUGCGGGUGGCAGAACUCUCCAACGAUCAGAUGCACUUCUGUGACACCUGCGGCAAGGGCUUUAAGCGCGAGGCCAACCUGCGCAUGCACAUCAAGGCACACGGCCGCAUGAACCCCAUGCACCCAGCAGCGUCUCCUCCCCCACUCUCCUCCUUCCCUUCGUCGACCCCAGUGGAUCCAGCACAGUGCCGCUUCAGCUGCCCAGUAGCGGGGUGCAAGCGGCACCGGGAGCAUGCGGCCUUCCAGCCGCUCAAGACGGUGCUGUGUGUGCGCAACCACUACCGCCGCUCGCACUGCCCCAAGCUGCUCGCGUGCUCGCGCUGUGGCGGCGCCAAGCGCUUUGCGGUGCUGGCGGAUCUGCGCACGCAUGAGAAGCACUGUGGCCUCACCAGCUGGACCUGCUCCUGCGGGUCGCGUUUCAGCCGCAAGGACAAGCUGAUGGCGCACCUGGUCACCUUCAUCGGCCACUCUGCCGUCUCACCGGGGAACAACCUUGCGUGA